CUUGUCAGACAAGGUGGAAGGCUAAACUGGCUGAAAGUGGUAUUGUUACAGUGUGUGUGUGUGGGUGUGUGUCUGAGAGAGACUGAUUAGCAGUUAAUGGAGCAACAGGGGCACUGAGUCACAAACCUUUGUGAAGUAAACUCGUCCAUUCUGACUGCACUACAUCAUGGCACUCAUGGAUUACCUAACUUUUAUUUUUCUACAAACAUCCAUAGCAAACAAUCCACUGCGCACCUAGAAUGCUACUUUAGCUACUAACUAGUUCACCAUCUAUUUCAGAUAGUGUUGGAGAAGUGUGAAGGAUACAUCUUUUAAACAAGUGAAGAGAGAAAGUAUUUCGUCAUGGGGAACUCAGAGAGCGUUUGGUGGAUUGUAGUGGCAUGCGCCUGCAGGAUCCUUGGUGUUUCUACAGCAACGGUGUUGUGUGCUGUAGGAGUGGAGACCCUACAACAUGGAGAAUUCAACAGCCUCGGCAUCUACUUACUAGUCUCAUCUAUUUGCAUCAUGAUUUUUGAGCUGGCCUAUUUCCUGGAUGCUCUUCUGCUCAUGUGUCUGCCUUGUCCUCCAGACUGGCAGCUAUUUCAGUUGUGGGGGAAAAUGGCUCGUGUGGGAGGCUUCCACAAGUUCCUCUAUUAUUCCAUAAUGUCAGUGGUCUGCUUCUUGCACCCUGUGUUGGUGUGGCACGCAAUUAUUCCAGGGACAAUGCUCCUGGUCACAGCCUUUUUCAACUUCAUACUGAGCAAGAAAACAAAGAUCAAGUCCUCCAAAAGGCCACAGGAGAGCAACGUCGACCAAAGCCCAACCACUGUUUGUAUCACAGAGGCGGCAGCCUCAGACGGCAAUUUCCCAUUCCUCCACGUGGGGACGGGAAGGAGGGGUGGGGGAGCGCCUCUCACCACAAGAGACUGGUUCCUCAGCCCAGGAGAGAGAGGCGAGAGCGUCCAGGCCAUGCUGGAGCUGGAGCAGACAGCAUCACCCGCAGACAGGGAGAGGAGGAGGGGGAAAGAGAGGAGGCUGAUAUUCUUUAGAGGUAGGGAGGAGCCAGUGGAGAGAGAGAUGGAGGAGAUGGACUGCUACAGUGAGCCAGAGCCCGACACCACCUCAGAUACUGCACCUAUGAUUGCAGACUGAAUGUCCCUCUGCUCAGACUGAGCUGCUACAAAGAGGAGCAUGUGCAAUGUGUUCAUACUGUCUGGGUGGAACUAUCUUGUGCUACACCAGUGGACUUUUAGCUGAAAAUAACAUUUUGAAAUGUCUGAGCAGACUUUUGUGCAUUUUUGAGUGUUCAGUAAUAACAUAUUACAGAUUUUAUCUAAUUGUAUGUCUAAAAUACCAAUUAUUAUUAGUUUUUUAAAAUACUCUACUGAAUGGUACAUUUUUUACUGAAAAAAGAUCUGUUUGUACAAGAUCUGUUUGUACAAGAUGUGAAAUCUGUUUGGAGCACAAUUUGAUCUUCAGCUGCACCAAUUCAAAGAAAUUAAACCACUUAUACCUACAUGUGCACGUGUGUGGCUUUGAGUCUGAUAGCCUAUUUUUGCAAAGCCAGCCACUGAUUGAAGAGCAAACAUUAGCGGCAAGCAAUUCAAUCUAGUUACUGCAGCAUGCAUUAUUCAUGAGGCAAUAAAUUAGAUCAACUGUUUCACUCAUUCAGCGUCAGAGAAAAGAUGCGAGAAUGUGACUGGGAGUAGCAGGCGUUAGAGCUUGUGCAGGUGCAUGUGUUUAUUCACAUUCAAGUCUCCUCAUUGUGUGUUUGUCUUGUGCGAACGGUGACCAUGGAGACGGAGCUCUGGGAGGAGUGCUUGUGUUAUUAUGGUGAUGGGAAAAGCAUCAGAUCAGCCACCAGAGCGCCAUCAUAGGCCUCAGCCUCACCGAAACGCAGCUUAUGUGCCAGCAUACCUAACAUAAUUGCAAGUAUUAUUAAUGCAUUAAUAACAUGUCAUCUUAUGUGCAUUGACAAUAUUAAUAGGGUGUGCAGAUCAGACCCAAACUCUAUAAAUCACCCUGAAAUUAGCAUAUUAUUGAUACGAAAGCUUUUAUGAAAAGCCUUUAGACAUAUUUCAUUUGUUUUCGUUUUGGUUUAUCACGCUACAAAGGAUACAAUUCUCCAUACAGACAUUCAUCUUUUGUUCAGGUCAUAAAUCAAUACUGUCUUGUUCUGUCAAAACACACACACACACAAACACACACAGUGUACUCUCAGCGUAUUCCUCCUUUGUUCACAGAACUGUGGAUAAAUAACUGCAUGUAGCCUUAAGAGACAAUUUCUCUGCAGCAUCAAAGCUGAGGAGAGAUCAAUAAAAGCAAAGAGCCUCAUUUAUCAGAAAGCCCCUCGCUGUCCGGGGUCAGACCAAAAACGUACUUAUUAUCCUGUGGGUUAAACAACUUGGGUUAUUCUCCACAUUGAACACCAAUUACAUCCCCAGCAGCUACAUGGUGUCACGUAUUCUUUCAACAAUUCCAGAGUGUUUUUCGCACAACAUAUCAAAGAAACGACAUGUGAAUCCAGUCAGGAGGGGUGAGAUGUCUGUGGCGUUGUGUGGAGAGAACAGAGAGUCUUUGUCCAGAGUUUGCUCACUGGCCCAUAUUCAUGGCUGUAUUAUCAGCUUCGUAAUGAUCUUGGUUUAUUAACAGCUGAGUGCCCCACUAAUAGAGGAAAGGCACGUCAGUAUUUCCAGUCCACUUCCUUAAAUGUUCCGCUAACUUUGUUAUACCCAUAUCCUUGAGAAUGAGCUGUUUUCCGUGGGGGGAAGUUAUUCAGCUGCUGGAACAACUGACUUCCUCUGUCCACCUUAAACCAUAAAUCCCAUUCAGACAUACAGAAAGAGAGAGACUUCCUACAGUUCGUGUUUCCACCCUACAAUAGUUUCCUAGUUGGCAGAUACAGACUCAAAAACAGGAUGGGUGAAAUAAAUCUUAACAGGUCACAGGACUUCUUCCUUUUACUGCCGAGUUGGAAAAACACAGGAUAGGUGCUGUAGUGGUGGCUGUGCUAAAGGAAUCACAUUUUCUGAUCACUGCAGAUGUAAAGGCAGGCAAACAAUAUGUCUUUGUUUUGUUGGUUUGUGCACUUGGUUUGUUUUGAUUCUGGCAUAAGAGAGAAAAAAAAGAGCAUGUGACUUCAACAUAACCUAUUUGUGGGAAACACGUUUCCAUGGUCCGAAAUCUACUUUAGAACAAAUGAACGCAGGCUAUUUAACCCAUAAAACACAUCAGCAAGCAAAUUCUAUUGCAACC